AUGCAGCUGCUCUAUGGCAGAAGAUUUAGCAUUGAAUAUGCUGUCUCAUUGGCAGAGAAGUGUAUGAAUGUUAUGAAAGAGCUCUCAAUCUCGUUUGUCAAAGAUAAUGAUUAUCUUGCCUACCAGAGAAGGUUUCACUAUCUUGUCACACGCCAUAAGGAAUUAACCAUCAAAACUGAUGACUUUUACCAUGAUCUCUUCCUCAAUGGCCUACAAGAUCAUCAGAGAGCCUUUGUGAAGACUCACCUGGAUGACUUCUAUGCAGCAGGCCAAGAUUCAAUCACCAAUAUGGACAUUGAUGAUCUAAUGAAACAACUCACCAAUCAUACAAGCAAGAUCAAACACUCUGAAUGUAAGACUCUACUGGCCAACACAGCCACCAAUGACAGGAAUCAUCAGCCAGGUGCAUCCACAUUCAUGAAGCCAUACAACCAAAACUUGUUGGCAUCUGCACCCAGAGCUGGCAUCCAAUCAAUGGAGGGAGAUGAAUAG